UUUGGACUUCCGACCGUCCUGUUUUUGUGGACGGGGAGAUCGGACCAGCUCCAAUUUAUUCUUCGGCAUGGAGACCAAAGGACUAGUCAUCCUUUUCUGCCUGCUAUCCUACGCGGCUGCCCAGCGGUGGCGGAGUGACGGCCGGUGCGGCCCGAACUACCCGGCCCCUGACGCCAACCCGGGCGAGUGUAACCCGCACGCCCUGGACCACUGCUGCUCGGAGUGGGGCUGGUGCGGCAGGGAGACAACCCACUGUACCUGCUCCAGGUGCGUGGACUACUCAGCGGGUGGCUCUUCAGGAGGUUCGGCAGUAGUUGUCAGCUCGGGAAGUUGUCCCCGGAUCGUGUCCAAGUCGGAAUGGGGAUCCCGAAGCACCAACUAUAACGUCUUUCUCAGCCUGCCGGUCCCAAAGGUUGUGAUCCACCACUCGGCAGGCGCCACGUGUAGCACCCAGUCCUCCUGUUCCCUACAGGUCAGGAACAUCCAGAACUACCACAUGGACGGCAGAGGCUACAGCGACAUCGGCUACAACUUCCUGGUCGGUAACGAUGGCAACGUGUACGAAGGGCGCGGCUGGGACAGGCGAGGUGCGCAUGCCCUCAACGUGAACACGGAGUCCAUCGGGAUCUGUUUCCUGGGAGACUUCACCGGACAGAAGCCGACAGCCUCCGCCAUCGCCGCCGCCAAGAGCCUCAUCUCCUGCGGGGUGUCUCUGGGUAAGAUCAGGUCUGGGUACUCUCUGUACGGACAUCGUGACGUCGGCGCCACAGCCUGCCCUGGGAACCUGCUCUAUGAUGACGUCAAAUCCUGGGGACGAUUCGUUGGCUGAAGACAGUCUUCUGACAGAGAAAAAUACUCAGAAUUUUCAAACAGAGGAUUCUGAAAAUGGACGCCAAAUAAAUGACAUCAAGUCCAAUCAUA